AUGGAGCUUACAGCAGAGGAGCUACGAAAUCGGAGGCUCCGAAAAUUGGAAGAAAUUAAUAACGAGAAUUUGUCCCGGAGUGGCUCCUCAUCCAGAAAAGAUAACAAUGCUAUCGAAGAUGUUCAACAGUUGGCAGCGUUUGAUGAUAUAGCAUGUAACAAAGCAAGUAAAACCUCUGCGAUCGUCGACCAAACCUCAUUGACGAUAAGUUCAGAUGUUUCUAAGCAACCGCCACCCCACACGUCAUCGUCUACGACUUCUACAGUGCGAAAGAAAUCGAUACCACCAGCCACCGCUACUUCAUGGGCGUACAAAAAACGUUCCUCAUCGGAACAAGUGAAGGAAGCAUCAACAGAUUCCUGUCUUUCGGCAGCUACAGAGGGCACCACCUUGGGACCUAAAGUGCCAUGCAAGCUUCAGGACACGCGCGCUGCCGCCCAUGAGGAGUUGCUUCAAAUAAUGCUGAGAAUAAUGAAAAUUAAUUGCAAGGCACAAUAUUCGAAUUUGCGUUUUACAAUUGAGGCCAGCAUCUUGGAAAAUGCGCUUGUGAUGCUCGAGCGGCAGAAUUGGGCCGAAUUUUGUGCCGAAUUGAUCACAGAAGUGAUGAAAGGAAUUUAUUAUGGUAAAUUUGUCGAAUCACAUGGUGGCAAACAUGCUACCGAUUGGAGUGCGCUAAAGCUGGCAGAUAACAAUGACGACGACGGGGAGAUGGUGCGACUGGUUGCAGGAAGCGAACGUGCCACUGCAACGACGGCAACGACACCGAUGGACACUACCGAUGACAUAAUAAUGGACAUGCAGCAACAGCAGUCUGCAUUUUGUUGUUCUUCGAAACCGUUGAUGAUGGCAUUCGCCAACAGUCGUGUUGCGGCAUUAGAGUAUCUCAAUGGAUGUUACUUGCGAUCGAACGAAGAGCUAUACAGUUACACAAAGAUUAAAAAGAGCAAAAAACUGUAUCUCGCCGAAAUGUUACCCGGUGUGAUUGCCGUUAUUCGUCAGCAAAUGCUUAAGUACGCAAUACUUGUAUUAAAAAAUACUUUUCAAAGUUUCUCUCAACAGCAGCGGAGCAGCCCCGACGGCGCUGGAGCUCUGGAAAAGUCUCCUCUGCUAACGUUAAUGUAUGAAAAUAAGGUAUCAUCUGAUUUCAUGUCCAACUUAAUGACAGAGAGUCAUUCCUCGGGAGACUUUCAGGGUAUCUUCAAUGCCGUGCUGGAUGAUUUGUUUAUCGACAUGCAAAACGCUGUUUGCAAUGAAAACAUUGUGGCAGAUCCGUUGAACAGACUCAAGGAACUGCUUGAAAUGCGCGUGGACAACGCUCAACCGAUUUGUCAGCUGAUCGUGCAGCAUAAUAUUUUUCUCACAGCUUUCACACCGGACAAGUACUAUGCUCGUGAAAUCUCAAAGGUGUCGUUCCUAGCACCAUUCUUAUCGUUGUCGGUGUUGAUGGACGAAAAUCCCAAGUUCGCUCACCAUCACUUUGCCGAAAACUCGUGUGAUCGGACACUUGCAAAUUCGUUCCAAUCGAUUCUUAGUAACACGCGGAAGGUGUUACAUUCGAUUUUCCUCGUGCUGUUGUCAAACCAGCACAGCAGAUUCGAGAUGUUAAAUUAUAUGGCAGCCAUUCUUAAGUCAAACGCAAAACGAAUACAAUAUAAUGCAGAUGAUCGCUUCCUAGCCAAGGAUGGGUUUAUGCUAAAUUUUAUGUCCGUUUUACAACUGCUUGCGGUAAAGAUUAAUCUAACGCGUAUCGAUCCGCUUUACCCUCACUAUCCCGAGAGCUUAGUGCAGAUUGAAGACGAAACGAAACUAAAAUUUUCUUCCCAAGAGUACACCGAUUGGCUCAGCGCGUCCGACGUAAGGAACGUGAAAUGGGAUUGGGAACAGCACAAGUUUGUGACGCACUGUUGGUUUCUGACUUUGCAUGCCCAUCACCUUGGCAUCAUCCCGGCAAUUCAGCGUUAUAACAAACUGUUGCGAGCUACCAAGGAGCUGCAGCGCAUGGUAGACGAGUUGAAUGCCACCAAGGCGCAAUGGGAAAAUACACCGUUGGCUCGCCGAAACAAGCAAGUACGUGACAGGUGCGUUAGCCAGAUGAAUAAACUAGCGAAGGCAAAACUCAGCUGCGAUAUUGCCAUCAUCGACCCGAAUGUACUGACCGCGUGCAUGCAAUUCUAUUCGACUGUUUGCGAGUACGUGCUGUACCAAGUCGAAAAUCGUCCCAUCGUUGGACCGUUCAUCAAUAAGCAUCACCCGUCCACGCUGGUGGCAAGCAACAACUUUUCCGCCCUGCCGGAAUGGUACAUCGAGGAUAUUGCUGAUUUUAUUCUUUUCUGCAUGCAGCAUAGCAUCAGCGUAAUUGAUUACGUAGAUAAUUCGAUAAUUACUUGGAUUUUGACGCUGGUUUGCGCGCCUCAGCUAAUCAAAAAUCCCUACAUCACUGCCAAACUGAUAGAGGUCUUGUUCGUAACGUCACCAUCCAUUCAGACCACCUCCCAAAGGCUAUAUUUACAGAUAAUCAAUCACGAACUUGCGCAGACAGCAUUAGUAAGUGCACUUAUGAAGUUUUAUACCGAUAUCGAAACGACGGGACAAAGUACUGAAUUUUAUGAUAAAUUUACUAUAAGAUAUCAUAUUAGUCAUUUAUUUAAAGGGCUUUGGGAGAGCCCAUUGCAUCGUCAGGCAUUUGUGCAAGAAUCGAAAAGUGGUAAACAGUUUGUAAAGUUCGUCAACUUUUUUCUCAACGAUACAACGUACUUGCUUGACGAAUGCUUGGAAUAUCUAAAGCGUAUCCACGAAACGCAAGUUCUCAUGAUGGAUGAUUCCGGCUGGAAUGCGCAGACGCAGGAGGCGCAGCAAAGUCGCCAACGACAGCUGGUGCAGGACGAACGCCAGUGCCGAUCGUAUCUCACGCUGGCUCGGGAAACCGUAGACAUGUUCCAUUACAUGACGAUCGACAUCAAGGAACCGUUUUUACGUCCCGAGCUCAUCGACCGGUUGAGCUCUAUGUUGAACUACAAUCUGCAUCAGUUGUGCGGUCCGAAAUGUAACGAUUUGCGUGUUCGCCAUCCGCACAAAUAUGGCUGGGAACCGCGGCGGCUUUUGGGUCAGCUGGUUGAUAUUUACCUUCAUCUAAGCUGUGACGAAUUUGCCGCCGCACUUGCGGCCGAUGAACGUUCAUUUGAAAAGGUGUUCUUUGAUGAAGCUGCCAAUCGAGUGGAACGAAUUGGAAUUCGUUCGCGCCAGGACGUGGACGAGUUUCGAAAGCUUACUCAAAAGGCUGCCGAAAUUUACGUAAAAAAUCAAGAAAAUGCCGACGAAUUCGCAGAUGCACCGGAUGAUUUCAAGGAUCCGCUAAUGGACACUCUUAUGACCGAUCCGGUUGUGUUACCUUCUGGCACUAUCAUGGAUCGUGCCAUUAUUACGCGCCACCUCUUAAAUAGCAGUACUGAUCCCUUCAAUCGGCAGCCUCUCACGGAGGAUGAAUUGCAACCAGCAAUGGAACUUAAGGAACGCAUCCAACAGUGGAUCAAAGAUUACCGGGCGCAGAAAAAAUCUAGCUAAAAUCGAUUUUGCGUGCGCAUCGGCAACAUGCACGAUCAUAAUAAAAUCAUAAACUAUCCUUUUCUUCUUAAAUUAUCUUUUUCCAUAAGAUGAUAAUAAUCCUUAUGCAACGCGGCAACUAAUUGUAAAAUGGAAUCAGCGAAAUGUGUA